UCUGCUGGGGUUUGUUCUCUGCCUGCUUUCACAGUUGUUGCCGGUGUUCCUGAGAAGCUUUGCAAAGUAGCAUGUGCUACUUCAGAAAACAAGAAUGGUGUCUGGUCCUGGAACUGCUACUCCUGCCUGUGAUAUCGGGACUUCAAGAUCGUUCAGAACUAGAGAUAAAUGCUAAAACCGGCAGCAACAUAACCCUGCAAUUCUUCAAGGAACCACUUGGAACCUACACACACAUCACCUGGCUUUAUACUACCAAACAGAAGAUUUUAGAAUGUGAAUAUAAGGGUUCAAAGAUAACCUAUUCUGGUUAUCGGGGCAGGGUCAACCUUGACAAUAUAACUGGUGCACUUCAAAUCUACAAUAUCCGGAAAGAAGACACAGGUGACUACUACAUGAGAGUGUUGAAAGAAACUGAGGAAGAAUACAAGAAAAUCUUGAAUGUAUUUGAUCCUGUGUCCCAGCCUACCAUAAAAAUUGAGAAGACUGAAAAUUUGCCUGACUCUUGUCACCUGAUACUAUCCUGCAAGGGAGAGCAACAGAAUGUUACAUACACUUGGUUUGAUGACUCGGGGCUUCUUCCCCAAAACAAGGAAAGAGAUGUGCUGGAAAGAAUCAUCACUGCACAGAACAAGUCUACAUUUUACACCUGCCAAGUCAGCAACCCUAUAAGCAGGAAAAAUGACACCGUGUACUUCACUCCGCCUUGUACUCUGGCCAGAUCCUCUGGAGUACGUUGGAUUGCAACUUUGCUGGUGGUCGUGGCACCCAUCAUUCAUACCUUCCUGUUGACCUGAGAUGAACUCUUCUCACUUGAGAAUGAAACUUCGAGGCCAUUGGAUCCUGUCUUUAUCAUCUGGAAGACAGCUUUGACUCUGUGGGACAGAAGAAAUUGUGUUGUUGAACAUUUGUGAUGGUUUGCAUUUUCUUACCAUCCUAGAGUUAAGUACAGGGCCUUCUACAUGCUCCAAAAAUGCUGAGCCACUGACCUAUGUGCCAAUCCCUUUACAAAUAUUUUAUAGUAACCUUUUAAAAGUAGUGGUUAAUAUCUAAUUUUAUAUACCCUGUUUGUUUUCCAACAUUCAUUAAAGAUAAAUGCGUUAUUUUCACCAAAAUACGUAACUACAUUAUGCUAAUGGUUUUUCUUUUUUAAAAUUGAUUCUUUUCUCAAACAAUAUAUCUUAAUUAGUUUCCUCUCCCUUUAAUUCUCCCAGUUUGUCACGACUUCUAAUAGGUAACAACAAAACAUAACAAAAUAAAAUAUAAUAAGCUAAAACGAAAACCAUCACAUCAAAGUUGGACAAGGCAAUUCAAAAAAAUGAAAAGUGCCCAAGAUCACACAUAAGAAUCAGAGAUCCACUCAUUCACACACCCAGAAGUCCCAUAAAAAUGUUAAACUAAAGCCAUAAUGUAUAUGCAAAGGACCUGAUACAGAGCUGUGUGGGCCCUGUACUUGCUGCUUCAGUCUCUCUAAGUUCAUAAUGACCUUGCUCAGUUAAUUUAGAGAGACUUGUUCUCCUGGUGUCCUCCAUCCUAUCUGGCUUUUAGUCUUUCCACCUCCACUUCCACAGGGUACCCUUAGCCCUGGGGGAGGGAUUUGAUGGAGACAUCUCAUUCAGAGCUAUAUAUUACUCUCUCUCUCUCUCUCUCUGUCUCCAUCCCUCCCUCCCUCCACCCCCCCUCCAUAAUGUCUGGCUGUGGGAUUAUGUAUUUGUUCCCAUCUACUGCAGCAGGAAGUCUCUCUGAUGGCUGAAUAAGGCACUGAUCUAUGAGUGUAGCAGAAUACCAAUAAGUAUUUUAUUGUUACUUUUUUCUUUUUGUUUAGAUCAGUAGUAUUUGGUUUUACCAUAGGUCACCCAAGCAGAGUCAGGUUCAUCUCAUGGAGUGAGCUUUAAGUCAAAUCAGACAUUGGUUGGCUAUUCCUGCAAUCUUUGUGCCUACCAUUGCCAUAGCAUAUUUUACAGGCAGGGCAGAUUGUAGGUCAAAGGUUUUGUAGCUGGGUUGGGGUUUACAUUUCUCUUUGGGUAACCUGCAGAGUGCCUUCUUCUACCAAAGACUCUAAAAUGAUGGGGGUGAAGUUUCAACAUAGGUACCUGUUUGACAACUCCAUGUUCAAUGUGUUGUGCGAGUGUUGUCUUCAGCACUAGAACCUUACUGGUUGGUUUGUGGGGAUCAACCUAAUUGCUUGGUAAAAGCCUGGGUUGUUUGGUUAUUUCCAUGUGACCUUUUUGGCCAACAACUCAAUUGGAUGUAAUCCAGUUCAAGUACUGGAAGCUUCAUUUGAAGACAAGAGAUGGCCAACUGGGAUUCUAUCUUGCUCAUAAUUUGGAGACUUCAUUAGGAUUAUAUCCAUAUAGCUUAAGAAGAUUCCAGUGCACCAGCUUUUUAUACCGCUCCUCAAAUACACCUUAAUUCCACCUGAUUCUCCCUACAUUCUUUCUCUCAAUCCUAUUUCCGCUACACCUCCCUGCAUGAUCCUCCUGUUCCUGUCCUCCAUCCCCCAGUCUACCCAUAAAAUUUAUUCUAUUUCUCCCUCCCAGGGAAAUCUAUGUGUGUCCUCCUCAAGUCCUUCCUCUAUACCUAACUUCUCCAAGUCUUUGGACUGUAGUUUGGUUCUCAUUUUUUUAAGGACUAAUAUCUACAUAUAAGUGAAUACAUGCCAUAUUUAUCUUUCUUGGUCUGGGUUACCUUACUCAGACUGAUUUUUUUCUAGUUCCAUCCAUUUGCCUGCAAAUUUAGUGAUAUCAUUAGACUUGUCAUUUUUAACAGAUGAGUAAUAUUCCAUCAUGUAAAUGUACCACAUUUUCUUUAUCCAUUCUUAAGUUGAGGGACAUUUAGUUUGCUUCCAAUUUUUGGAUAUUGUGAAUAGAAUAACAAUGAACAUGGUUUUGAGCAAGUGUCCUUGUGAUAGGAAGAAGUGAACUUUGGAUAUGACCAAGAAUGGUAUAGCUGGAUCUUGAGGCAGAUCGGUUCCUAUCUUCAUGAGGAACUGUCACAAUGAUUUCCAUAGUGGCUACACAGUUUGCACUUCCAACAGCAUUGGACAAGUGUUUCCCUUACUCCACAUUCUUGCCAGCAUGAGCUGACUUGUGUUAUUGAUUUUAGCCAUUCUGAUAGUUAUGAGAUGGAAUCUCAAAGUAGUUUUGAUUUGCAUUUCCCUGAUGACUAAGGGUGUUGAACAAUUAUUUAAGUGAUUCUCAGACAUUGGAGUUACCUAUAUUAAAAAAAUUUCUGUUUAGAUCUGCACCCUAUUUUUAAUUGAACUAUUUGUGGUUUUGGUGUCUAGUUUCUUGAGUUCUUUAUAUAUUUUGAGUAUUAGUCUGUUAUCAGAUUUGGAAUUGAUGAAAUUUUUUUCUCAUUCUGUAGGCUGCUACUUUUUCCAAAAGACAGUGUCCCUUGCCUUACAGAAGGUCUUCAGUUUCAUGAAAUCCCAUUUAUUAAUUGUUGAUCAUAGUGCCUGUGCUAUCAGCAUUCAGUUGAAACUCUUUUCUUGGCCAAUGAGUUCAAUUCUAUUUCCCACUUUAUCUUCUACCAUUCAGUAUAUCUAGUUUUAUGUUGAGGUCCUUGAUCAUUUUGGAGUUGAGUUUUGUGCAGGAUGAUAAGUCUGGGUCUCUUGUAUUCUUCUGCAUGCAAACAUCCAGUUUGAUCAGAACCAUUUAUUAAAGAAGUUGUGUUUUUUUUCCCA